CCAUUCUAACUAAAAUCAAUAAUGACUAAGUAUACUUUCGAUUUACUGAAAGUAGCAGUGCUAACAUUAUGUGCUACUUCUUAUGUGUUGUUCCCUGCUAUGGCUUCCACCAAUGAGGAACGUUAUUCUUUGGUGAAGAGUGGUUGGUGGAGAAGUGAUUAUCAGAAGAUCUCAAACCAUUGUAAUUGGACUGCAAUCACAUGUAAUGAAGCUGGAAGUGUUAUAGACAUUGCUGCACACUACUGGCCUUUCAACCUUCCUCCAUCAUCAUUGAAACUUCAGAACUUGAAUUUCACUGCAUUUCCCAAUUUAGUCACUCUGUAUCUACCUCGAAUGCAACUCACUGGAAUCAUCCCUCCCGAGAUAGGUACUCUUUCGAAACUUGUCACUCUUGAUCUGUCUUAUAAUAAUCUUCAUGGUGAGCUUCCAAAAUCAUUUGCAAGUCUUACUCAACUCAUAGUUCUUGAUGUUUCCUUCAAUUCUCUUUGUGGAACCAUUCCUUCUGAGUUGGGUGAAUUCGAGAAUCUAACCUUUCUUUCGCUUGCUUCAAACCGAAUUGAAGGUCCAAUACCACAACAGUUAGGGAAUUUAAGAGACUUACAAGAACUACAUCUCUCAAAUAAUUUGAUCAAUGGUACAAUCCCUUCUAGUUUAGGCCGAUUGGGAAACUUGACUGCUCUCUCACUAGCUUCAAACCAAAUUGAAGGUCACAUACCUCAAAAUCUUGGGAAUUUAAAGACUUUACGAAAACUCUCUCUCUCAAAUAAUAAACUCUCAGGUUCAAUCCCUUUAACUCUAUAUCAAUUGGGAAAUUUAUCUUAUCUCUACCUUGAUUCAAACCAAAUAGAAGGACAAAUACCACCAGAGAUAGGGAGUUUAGAAGCACUAGAAGUUUUAAAUCUUUCAUCUAACUCUUUUUUUGGUCCAAUUCCUUCUCAAGUCGGAGCUUUAAUUUUCUUAUACGAGUUAUAUAUAGAAUUCAAUCAAAUAAAUAGUUCUAUACCUUCUGAAUUUCAGAAUUUGGUUAGCCUAACUACCUUGUAUCUUUCUCACAAUAAGAUAUCUGGUGUUAUACCAUCUGAACUGUUCAAGUUACCCUUGUCUUCUCUGCAUCUUUCAACCAAUCAAUUAGUUGGGCAUAUACCAUUUGAGAUGAGGAAUUCCAUUAAGCUUUGUGAUGUAGACCUUUCCAAUAACAAGCUAGAAGGAUUUAUCCCAUCUCCUAUAGUAAACUGUUUCCUAGCAAGAGUUAAUUUAAGCAAUAACAAGCUAAGUGGAAGCAUUCCUGUCCAAAUUGGUUUUGUCAACAUCCUUGACGUUAGUCACAAUUUUCUGAGUGGUGAAGUACCUUCUUUGGUUGUUAGUGACAAUGCUUCUUGGUCACUUCUAGAUAUAAGCCUUAUAUUGUCAAGUUUGGAUCUUAGCUACAACCAUCUCUCUGGUGGCUUGCCAAUUAACCUUGAAAAUGUUCUUCAUAUAAACUUGUCCUUCAAUUUCUUUAAGUGUUCAAAAGGCUUCAAAGUUUUCCAUAAAGAAUCACUAAUUGGUAACACUCCUAAUUUCCCUUCUUGUUCUUCUCAAGUCCAAAAACCCAACAAGGCUAAACACCUCAUUGUAAUUAUUCUUCCUGUUACUUGCAUCCUCCUUAUCAUUUGUCUGUUCAUAUUGUAUUUUACUCUGUCUACCAAUAAAACCAAAAUUGAACAAAGACAAGCCAAAAAUGGAGACUUGUUUUGUAUAUGGAACUAUGAUGGUAGAAUUGCAUUUCAAGACAUCAUUGAAGCAACAAAUAACUUUGACUUCCAGUACUGUAUUGGUACUGGGGCAUAUGGUAGUGUUUAUAGAGCACAAUUACCAAGUGGAAAAGUUGUUGCAUUGAAGAAACUUCAUCAAAGCGAAUCUCAAAACAUAUCCUUCAAUGAAAGCUUUCGGAACGAAGUCAAGAUGUUAACAGAAAUCCGUCAUAGAAAUAUUGUGAAACUUCAUGGCUUUUGCCUUCACAAUCAAUGCAAGUUUUUGGUUUAUGAAUACAUGGAAAGAGGCAGCUUAUUUCAUGUCUUGAACAAUAUUAAGGAAGUUGGGGAGUUGAAUUGGAGCAAGAGGGUGAAUAUCAUUAAGGCAAUGGCGAAUGCAUUGUCUUACAUGCACCAUGAUUGUAUUCCUCCAAUUGUUCAUCGAGAUGUGACAAGUAGCAAUGUUUUGUUGAAUUCACAGCUUGAUGCAGUUGUCUCAGACUUCGGUCUAGCUCGAUUUAUUGAUCCUGAUUCCUCAAAUCAAACCUUUCAAGUUGGAACAUAUGGCUAUGUUGCCCCAGAGCUUGCAUAUUCAUGGACUGUGACAGAAAAAUGUGAUGUUUAUAGUUUUGGAGUAGUGGCACUGGAAACAUUGAUGGGAAGGCAUCCCAGAGAGCUAAUCUCAUCUUUAUUCGACACUUCUCCACAAAACAUGUUGUUGAAAGAUCUGUUAGAUUCACGAAUUCGUCUACCUCAUAGUCAGAAAGAUGCUCAAGACAUAGCUCUUGUGGUUACAAUAGCACUAGCAUGUUUGCAUUCUAAACCAAAUUCAAGACCAUCAAUGUUACAAGUGUCUCAACAACUUUCUAGUUCUGGACAGUCACCACUGCCAUCAUCUUUCUUUGAAAUUUCGAUCCAUCAAUUGAUGGCUCAAGUGCUAUAACUUAAAUCAUGAAAAUUUGACAUUAAAGGAUGCAAUCUUAGGCAUGUUUGUUAGUUUUAAGAUGAAUGAUUAACAGGGUCUACUCCAUUUCCUAUCCGCACUUGUUUUCUCCUAGAUUUAAAUUACAACUUGUUGAAUGGAAGCAUAAUUUCUUAAA